CGGCGCUAGGACCCUGGCGGCCGGUUCGGCGGCGGGCGACGCCGGGAGCCGGCGGGGUGGAGCGGGGCGGGCGGGGGUCGCUGCUGCCGCUGCUGGAGCCUGAGCCCGAGCCCCGCGAUGCCGAGCAAGAAAAAGAAAUACAACGCGCGCUUCCCGCCGGCCCGGAUCAAGAAGAUCAUGCAGACAGAUGAGGAGAUUGGGAAGGUGGCCGCUGCCGUCCCUGUCAUAAUAUCCCGGGCGCUGGAGCUCUUCCUGGAGUCGCUCCUCAGGAAGGCCUGUCAGGUGACACAAUCCAGAAAUGCCAAGACCAUGACCACCUCUCACCUGAAGCAGUGCAUAGAGCUGGAGCAGCAGUUCGACUUCCUCAAGGAUCUGGUAGCCUCGGUGCCUGACAUGCAGGGAGAUGUGGAGGAUAACCACGCUGAGGGCGAGAAGGUCUCCAGGAGGGGCCGGAAGCCGGGCAGUGGGCGGAAGAACGGCGGCACUGGCAGCAAAGGAAAGGACCCGAAGCAGUCAGGCACGGACUCCGAGCAGGAGGAGGAUUCUGAGGACAGCGAGAGCGAUGGGGAGGAGGAGACGUCCCAGUCCACGCCCCCCAGCCGCCCCACCACCCACUUUCCCAGCUCUCCGGCGCCAUAUUUGCACUUCACCUGCCCCCCACAGUCCACCAUGGCCAUGCCUGUCUCCGUUCCCCCGGCCCUGCCUGCCAUGAUGCCCUCUGCGCCAGCACCCCCUGCCCCAGCACAGGAUGAGGAGGAGGAAGAUUAUGACUCGUAGCCCCGUUUCCUUUUAGUUUGUUUUAGUUGCUGCAUUCGGGGGGGAGGGGGUGGUUCUUAAAUUUAUUAAAAAAAAGAGAAAAGCAUUUUA